AUGGAUUUGCUUCAAGAUGUUGAUAAGCUAAAGAGGAAGCUAAGACAAGAGGAGAAUGUGCAUAGAGCAUUAGAGAGAGCUUUUACUAGACCUUUAGGAGCUUUACCUCGUCUUCCGUCUUAUCUUCCUCGAGAUACAUUGGAGCUUCUUGCUGAAGUAGCUGUUCUUGAAGAGGAAGUUGUUCGAUUAGAAGAGCAAGUUGUGAGCUUUAGACAAGGUUUAUACCAAGAAGCUGCUUACAUAUCUUCAAAGAGGAAUCUUGAGAGUCCGAAUAACAACGGUUUGACCGAUAAUUCUCCCGUGAGAAGCAGUAAACACCAGCGAUCGAAAUCCAUGUCCCAACACGAAUUCAAUUCGAUGAUCACUCCUAAAAAGCAUCAACAGUCUCUUAGUCUUAGCAGAAGCAUCUCAAGUAGGAAGCUUUUCUCCUCUGAUCAAACAGCUAAUGAACGAAGUGGUCAGAGAACGGUAAAUGGGAAACAAGCAUCGCCUAAACCGAAUCCGAGCAGUGUUACUAAGCCUGUAGAUGUGAGAGGGAAAGAGAAUCAGACCUCUAGUAAUGCUUUAAAAGACAAGAGAGAUAAAGAAUCACCUGAGAAGAAGCUUGGCAGAUUCUUGACAUCUGUGAAGAAGAAGAAACCUUUGAUUAAGCCGGAUGCUGCAGCGGAUAAAUGCUCGGAAUCGAUCAAAUUGCAGCUAGACGAUAGAUUAGCAGAUCAGGACAAAGCACAGGAGAGUGUGUCGGGUUCAUCUUCGGAAGACAAAUCAUUGCAAAGUGGAAAUGCAGCAAACAGAGUUUCAGAGGAUUUAUUGAAAUGUCUGGUGAGUAUUAUCUUGAGGAUUAGCUCGUCGAAAGACAUUGUAUUGGAUCCAUAUAGUAACUGUUCAGAAUGGAGAACAAGAGAGCUUGGUGCAUACAAGAAUCUUUGCUCGGUCGAUGCAUCUUCAAUUGAUCUUGGAAGAAGAAUCAAUGCUUCAUUUCUAAUCCAUCGUCUCAAGUUCCUGCUUAAUAAGCUUUCCGUUGUAAAUCUAGACGGUCUUAGUCACCAGCAGAAGCUUGCAUUCUGGAUAAAUACUUAUAAUUCAUGUGUGAUGAAUGCGUUCUUGGAGCACGGAAUUCCCAGGACACCUGAAAUGGUUGUUGCCCUUAUGCAAAAGGCAACAAUAAUUGUAGGAGGACACUCGCUAAAUGCAAUCACAAUCGAACAUUUCAUCUUGAGACUUCCAUACCACUUGAAAUUCACUUGUCCAAAAACUGCAACACAUGAAGAGAUGAGAGCUCAUAGCACAUUUGGAUUAGAAUGGUCAGAGCCUUUAGUCACGUUCGCCCUCGCUUGUGGAAGCUGGUCCUCUCCUGCUGUAAGGGUUUACACAGCAGCUAAUGUAGAGGAAGAGUUAGAAGGUGCAAAGAGAGAUUAUCUUCAAGCAUCUGUUGGUAUCUCAAAGAACAACAAACUAAUGCUUCCAAAGGUAUUAGAUUGGUACUUACUCGACUUUGCGAAAGAUUUGGAAUCGUUGCUCGAUUGGGUUUGCCUUCAAUUACCUGAUAAACUAAGAGAAGAAGCAGUUAAGUGUAUGGAGAGAAAGAACAAAGAAUCACUUAUGGAGUUGGUUCAAGUAGUACCAUAUGACUUCAGUUUCAGGUUGCUUUUGCAUCAAUGA